AAACUAUGACAGCCUUUUCCAUUUAGAAUAGGAAAAGUUGGAAAUCAAAAGCGAGUUGUUGGAGUGUUGCUGGGCUCUUGGCAGAAGAAAAUAUUAGACGUUUCCAACAGUUUUGCAGUCCCUUUUGAUGAGGAUGAUAAAGAUGACUCUGUGUGGUUUCUAGACCAUGAUUAUCUGGAGAACAUGUAUGGAAUGUUUAAAAAAGUCAAUGCCAGGGAAAGAAUUGUUGGUUGGUACCACACAGGCCCCAAGCUGCACAAAAAUGACAUUGCCAUCAAUGAACUAAUGAAGAGAUAUUGUCCUAAUUCUGUGUUGGUAAUUAUUGAUGUAAAACCAAAGGACCUGGGCCUGCCAACAGAAGCCUAUAUUUCAGUUGAAGAAGUUCAUGAUGAUGGAACGCCAACCUCCAAGACUUUUGAACACGUGACCAGUGAAAUUGGAGCUGAGGAAGCAGAGGAAGUUGGUGUUGAACACUUGUUACGAGAUAUUAAAGACACAACAGUGGGCACUCUGUCCCAGCGCAUCACAAACCAAGUCCAUGGUUUGAAGGGACUGAACUCCAAGCUUCUGGAUAUCAGGAGCUACCUAGAAAAAGUGGCCAUGGGCAAACUACCCAUCAAUCACCAGAUCAUCUACCAGCUUCAGGAUGUCUUCAACCUCCUGCCAGAUGUCAACCUGCAGGAGUUUGUGAAGGCCUUUUACCUGAAGACCAAUGACCAGAUGGUGGUGGUCUACUUGGCUUCUCUUAUCCGGUCUGUGGUUGCCCUACACAACCUCAUCAACAACAAGAUUGCCAACAGAGAUGCAGAGAAGAAGGAAGGUCAGGAGAAGGAGGAGAGCAAAAAGGAGAGGAAAGAUGAGAAGGAGAAAGACAAAGAGAAAGGUGAUGGCAAGAAAGAGGAGAAAAAAGAGAAAAAAUGAAAAGUGUAGUUUUUUAUUUGUAAAUUAAAAUCUUGUAAACUAAAUCACUCUGCUGCUAGGAGGUUCUUUUCACUUGUCAAAGUGAUCAGAGUUCUCAGUUCUUGCCUGUCUUGGGAGGCACUUUCAGAUCAGUUGCCUUUGCCCUGACAUCAUACAGGCAGACAGCUGGAUAGACAGGGAU